AUGAGUGUGUCUGUAUUUCUGGAUACCUUGCGAAAACAUGAACUGGACCAGUUUUACCCAACGUUUUCAACUCAUGGAAUAACGCACCUUCAAAGUUUGGCUCAGUUAUCAUUGCAAGACUAUUCCCGACUUGGCAUUACAGAUACAGGCGACAGAAGAAAGAUAUUUGGUCUUGUUCAAGCUAUACGCAAAGAUUCAGAAAUGAGCAGCCCCAUCAGCACCACUAAUAAUCGCAUGAUGGCACCCUCUUCAUCCACCGCGAAUACAAGCGGCCUUCGCCAACCUCAAAAUUAUGCCACCAUCAACAAUGCCACUCUGAACAGCAGUAGAUUGCCGAUGCCAGACUUUAGCUCUUCUAACAGCAACAAUAGUAAUCCGGCUAAUCGUGGUAGAAGACAAAGCGUUAUUGGAACAUCCAAACCACAAGCGUUAUACAACAAUAGCGGCCCUCCUCAGCCACCUCAACCUCCACAACACGAUAGACCUGUGAGAAGUCGCACCAUGUCUGAUGCUCCUCGACCUGACUUUAAUCAGCAAAGAGCAGCUCCUUUGAAGGGACGUCGGUUAGAGUUGAGAAGAUCUCUCUAUCUAGAUCAGCCGCAAGAAGAGGACGACUCAGAGGAGGAUGAAACGUCUACCAAGAACCGAAAGUUCAGAGCCUCUGCGCCUUUGCUGGAUGCGUAUGGUGUACCCCUUUCUCCUGCCAAGCAACAACAGCAACAAGCGAGAGCAUCACCUGGCACUAGGUACACUGAAGUCACCGCCAACCUAAGCAACUACAAUCUCCCUCCCAGUGAUUUAAAUCAAAAGAUCAGAGUGUGUGUUCGAAAGAGGCCUCUCAGCAGAAAGGAGAUAGACAAAGGUGACAAGGAUGUAGCCCCCAUGAAUGGCAACAGAAGCUUACAGAUCAAUGAGCCCAAACUCAAGCUGGAUUUAACCAAAUAUACCGAGCAGCAUUCAUUCAUUUUUGAUGAUGUCUUUGACUUGAACUGUCCAAACAACCUUGUGUAUGAAAGAACGGCCUGGCCUCUUGUCAAUUAUAUAUUCAAGGGAGGGAAAGCAACUUGUUUCGCCUAUGGUCAAACUGGCUCAGGAAAGACAUUCACCAUGCUGGAUCCCAAACAAGGCUUGUAUAUCAUGGCUGCGCGUGAUAUCUUUUCUAUGCUUCGCAAACCAGAAAACCAACACUUGUCAGCCUGGAUUGGUUUAUACGAAAUCUAUCAGGGGCAGUUGUACGAUCUUUUAAAUGAAAGAAAGAAGCUGUUUGCUCGAGAAGAUGGAAAGAACAAUGUGAUUGUCUCUGGAUUGAAAGAAUACCCCAUCGACAAUGUGGACAAGUUAAUACAGGUGUUUGACUAUGGCAGCAGUGUCCGAAGUACUGGCAGCACAGGUGCAAAUGACAGCUCAUCUCGGUCUCAUGCAGUGCUUCAAAUUCUACUUAAACACAAGGUCAAUCGAAAGAAGAUUCAUGGUAAAAUGAGUUUUAUUGAUCUUGCUGGUUCAGAAAGAGGUGCUGACAGAGGAGAGGCUGACACAAAGACAAGAAUGGAAGGUGCUGAAAUCAACAAGAGUUUGUUGGCGUUGAAAGAGUGCAUCCGAGCAUUGGAUCAGGACAAGCGACACACACCCUUCCGUCAAAGCAAGCUGACGCAAGUAUUGAAAGACUCGUUUGUGGGUAACUCUAGAACAUGCAUGAUUGCAACCAUUUCUCCUGGCGGCUCCAACAGUGAGCACACCUUGAACACGCUGCGUUACGCUGACCGAGUCAAGGAGUUGAAGGGUGAAAGAGACCGCAAAUCCCCCAUGGAAAGAAACCCAAGUAAUUCUGGAAGCAGCACAGUGGACGACAGUACUACGAAUACCCAGUGGGCAGAUUCCUCGCUCAACGACUAUGACGACUACGAUUCCAACGAAGAUGAACAGUUUCAAGAUGAUUCAAAUGAAGAUUAUUUCAGUAACGAGUCUGAUAUUCUCGACGACGAUACCUUUAAUGUGGAAGAAGAGAACAUUUUUGAUGUCGAUUUCCCUCAAGAGCAAGAUGAUCUGAUUCAUUCUUCUAAUUUUAAUACCCCUAAUAUCAGCAACCCGCCCAAAUCACCCCCUCGCUACGGCAUGGUAGCUGCCUCGCAACUGCCACCUGCUGCUUCAAACUACAAAUCAUCCAACAACUAUCGACCAAACUCCAUGUCCAUGGCAUCCAACUACAGUGUAACCAACAGCAGCGAGCAUGGCGGUAGACCGCUCUCUUUACAAAUGAAGCGGUCGUCAUCCACUAUGCCUAGAUCACUCUCCAUGUAUUCCCCCUCAAGAACAUCGAUGGAUACAGCAUCUGAUGCCUCUUCUACUUAUUCAAGCUCACACCAACCACCACAGCGCUCUAUGAUGGUACAACAAACUGUACAGCAGUUUGAAUAUCGUUCUUCAUCUUCUCAUCAAUUUCCUCCUCCGUCAUCACCUCAACAAAAGCAAUCGCAACCACAAUCGCCCUUACAACAGCAACAACAGCAGCAAAUACCCAAUUCUGAUAGCUUGUCUUCCUUGACUGGCGUGCCUUCGUUUAGUUAUGAUAAAAUGGACGAGUUUGUCAAAUUUCAUCGAGCUGAAAUCCGAGAGAUUACAGAUUGCACCAAGAAAGAAACCAAACUGGUUGCCAACAUUUCGCUGGAUCUUUCCUCCAACCAAAACUUUGAGGACGGCUCUUCCAGUAGUAGUGAAAAGAGCACAGCCCAGUUUGCAAAGUAUUUGCAAGAUUUGGAUGAGAUUUUGGAGCGUAAAUUAGCUGCUGUGGAAGCAUUGAGAGAUCGUAUUAGUGAAACUGUGGGACAAAUUGAAUUGUAG